GAUGCAACCGGUAUCAUGAGAACAGCCAGCAGCAGCUCCAGCAUGAUGAAAUUUUCACUCCUUGACGAGUGUAAGAAGCCGAAAAACUAUGCCCAGCCAGAAGUUUUGUGUCACACGUUUGACAUGCUGUCUAACAUCCACAAGCUGCUUCCUAAUCACCUAAUGGAGACGCUUUCUUCAUACAGGAGUGAAGAGGACAAGAAAAAAUGUGAGAAUCCUGAGCUCUCUGGCUUGGAAAGAAUCUUAGCAAGACAUGAAUUGCCAAAAGAGAUUAAUCUGACCCCAAAGCCGAACAGAAUGCCCCUGUGGAAAAGAAAAAUCAUCAACAAUGUAACUGACGGGUGGAAGAAAUGUCACUUGUUGACAAGAAACACGAAAGAGCCUCCAAUGUCCACCAUAGUUGUCAGAUGGCUGAAAAAGAACAUGCAACCCACCGAAGACCUCAAGUCAGUGAUCUGUAGGCUGUCCGCGUUUGGCCCAAUUCAGUCAGUCACUGUUUGUGGACGUCAAAGUGCUAUCGUGGCAUUCAAAGACAUGACUUCAGCCUGUAAUGCUGUGAGUGCUUUUCAAAGUAGGACCCCAGGCACCAUGUUCCAGUGUUCCUGGCAACAACGAUUCAUGUCAAAAGACAAAACUUAUUCAAAAAAGUGUACCCAGAAGACACAGCCUAAGGAAUGUAAGCAGGAAACUGAGAAAACUGCCAACAACAGCUAAAGGGACACAAACAGG